CCUUUCUGUUUCAGGAACCUUCUAGGGUUUCUUUAUCCUCUCGUUAUCCAUCAGCGCACCAUUCCAAUCCUCCCACACUACCUACACCUCACUUACUCUUCACUGCGCUCCGCUCUACUCUGCUCGCAUUCAUUGCCUUGCCUAUCAACACACGUUCUACGCUUUCAGAUUUCUGAGUUUUAGAGCGAGAAAUGGCGACCAUAAACCUUGCUUCAGUUUCUGCCAAAGGAUUUGCUUCGUUUAAUGGACUCAGGGCCACGGAUGCUGUGCAGGUUUCGUUUUUCACCCCUGUGAAGCAGAGUGGGGGCUCUCAAAAGACGUUUCGUGGACUUGUUGUUAAAGCUUCCACUACCGUUGCUCCGAAGUACACAACUCUCAAGCCGUUAGCUGAUAGAGUGUUGGUCAAGAUUAAGACAGCAGAGGAAAAGACAUCUGGCGGUAUCUUACUACCAGUAACCGCACAAUCAAAACCACAAGGGGGUGAGGUUGUUGCUGUUGGCGAGGGUCGCACGGUUGGAAAGAACAAAGUGGACAUUUCUGUUAAGACUGGUGCCCAAGUUGUAUACUCGAAGUAUGCAGGGACAGAAGUCGAAUUCAAUGGCGCAAAUCAUCUUAUUCUGAAGGAGGACGAUGUUAUAGGUAUUCUUGAUACUGACGACGUGAAAGAUUUGAAGCCCCUGAAUGACAGAGUUCUCAUUAAGGUUGCUGAGGUUGAAGAGAAAACAGCCGGUGGUUUGUACCUGACAGACGCAAGCAAGGAGAAGCCUUCAAUCGGAACUGUGAUUGCAGUCGGGCCGGGCCAGCUAGACGAGGAGGGCAACAGAAAGCCACUAUCAGUUGCGGCAGGAAACACGGUUUUGUACUCGAAAUACGCAGGCAACGACUUCAAGGGCGCUGACGGUACAGAAUACAUAACACUACGGGCUUCGGACGUCAUCGCCAUCCUCUCUUAGAAAAAAAAAAAGAAGACAUGGCUGGCUGUAAAUGGCCGCGGCGCAAUCUUGUAACGCUAGACCUUGCGUACAUCUCUUCUAUCGAUCGCUCAACAGGUCAAUCUAAUUUUCAUUCGCAAUUAUGGGUGGCUUUAGUAGAUGAUGUUAUCGUAUGGUCUAUUUUAAGAGAUUAUUCUUGUUAUUA